UGCGCAGAUCGAUUAAGUUUGAAAUUACAGAAGAGAUGUUUUUUUUACUAUUAGAAAACUGAUUUAUACUAUAUUAUAGGCUUGAAGUUAAGAAUAGACUUUAAAAGUUUGAAAUGGAUGGAGACGAGGAAGAUGCAUCACAUCUUUUCCAAUCACUUUUAGGUCAGGUUACAGAGGAGCAGUGGGAAACAUAUAAAGAGCUGAGACGUGUGAGAGGAGAGCUAGUUUGUGACGAUGAUAGCAGCAGUGACUCAUCAUCCACCAGCCCUGUCCUACCAGCAUCACCAGUUCCACAAUCUUCAGGUGUCACAACAACACAGGAAUUAGACACGAGUCCUGCUGCAGAUCGAGAAAAUAAUCUUGAAGGCUGGGAGUCAGAACUGACAGUGAAGUACAUCAAUGGAGAAAUUACUUUUACGGAAUUUACUGAUCUCAUGGAACAAGAUGAAAAGGAUGAAAGUCUUGAACAAGUAGAGAGUGCAGAAGAAGUUGAUAAAGAUCAGAGGAAAAGUGUGAGUGAAGAUCCUGCUGCUGUUGAAUUUGAAGAAGAACUUCAAAAGCAUAAAAAAAUGAGAAAACGGAAACGUCGUGGCAGGUUACCUAGAGACUUACAGGGACUUAUGGGAGAAGCCAAUCUAUGUUUCGCUAGAGGUGACUAUGACGAUGCCACCAAAAUGUGUAUGGAAAUUAUUCGACUUGUUCCAACAGCACCCGAACCAUUUCAGACUCUAGGGAUGCUUUAUGAAGAGAAAGGAGACACAGAAAAAGCACUUCAGUUUUCCCUUAUUGGAGCAUACCUCAAUCCCAGUGACCCUGAAGAAUGGAUCAAACUUGCAGAAAUGUCGCUUGAGCAGGGAAAUGUCAAACAGGCAAUUACCUGUUACUCUAAAGCUAUCAAAUGUGAUCCAACGAAUCUUCCACUGCUAUGGGAACGUUGCAAUCUUCAAGAGCAGAUUGGAGACAGAAAAAAAGCUUUAGAGGGUUAUGAAGCCAUUAUGGAAUUGCUAGGUUCUGACCAAGGCAAUGAGUGCGUACAGCUCGCUAGGGAAAUAGCUAAAUCUCACCAUGAAAACGGCUACAUGCUUUCUGCAAUCCAGGUUUUAGAAAAAGCUUUUUACAGAUUUCCUGAACUGAUUACUUCUGAAGAUGUUAAUAUGUUGCUGGAAUUACAAAUUCAUGAGAAGAAACACAGAGAAGGCAUAAAGGCUCUGACUGAAUUUUGUGGAGUGCAGUUUGUAUAUUCUGAUGAAAUUGGAGAGGAGAACAGAGAUAGAGAGAUUUCUCCAGAAAAUGCUAAAGACUGUAUAAUUCCUGAACUUUUACCUAUUGAUCUUCGUAUUAAGCUGGCAGUGUGUUUAAUACAUGUCAAAGCUUUGAGUUUAAUAAAGACAUUAGUUGAACCACUCCUGGAAGAAAGCCCUGAAGCAAUGGGUGAUCUGUAUCUAGAUGUUGCAGAGGCUUACAUGGAUGUUGAAGAGUUUACUGAAGCUUUGACUUUUCUCUCGGUUCUUGUAAAUUCACAGAAUUACAAUUUGGCUGCAAUAUGGCUUCGCUAUGCAGAAUGUUUGAAUUCUUUAGGAAGAAUAGAGCCAGCAGUUGAAGCUUAUAAAAAAGUGGUACAGUUAGCACCUUCCCACCUUGAUGCACGAAUGUCUCUCUCUGGCUUGUUACAACAGAUGGGUAAAACAAGGGAAGCUAUUCAUACUUUGAAACAAGGAUAUGAGGAGGGUUUGCUGGAUCAAGUGUUGGAUGUCCAUGUGUUGAUGCAUCGUUGUAAUCUAUUAUUUAAUCAAGAGCUAUGGGAUGACUAUGUUCCAGCAGCUAAGUUGGUUAUGCUUAGUCACUGCCAUCAGACUCAGAAUCAAGAAGAAGUUAAUGCUGUAUUUAAAAACUUGUCUGUGAGGAGAAGGCUGGAGGCACUACGAGAUAUCAGGAGAAAGAAGGACGUAGCUGAUGGGAGACCCACAUUCACAUCUAGUUCUGUUCAUCUGGAAGAAAUGUGGAAGUUUUAUCUACAGUUCUGUCAAAAGCUGUAUGAACUGAAGAAGAUUGAAGAUCUUCAGGAAGUAGCUUUUAUGUCAUUGACUUCCCCUUUGUUUAAUAAAGAUCCUGAUAGAGCAAGGGAUACAGAGUUUAUUGCUUUCCUGGCAAGUUUCUACAACAGAAGUAUUGACUUUUCCUAUAUUCUUAUUAAAGAUCUUGUUGUUAGAGAAAAGUUUAUCCACAAUGUUGCAGCUUGGAAUCUCUUCUGUCAAGUGGUAAUACUUGGGCAAGACAUCCGGCACAAUAGAUUUUGUCUCAGACUAUUUUUUAAGCAUACAGAUCACAUUCCAUUGGGUUUCCUGAAUGGACAUAAUGCACUUGUUGCUGGUAGCUACAAACAUGCUCUAGGUGAGUACAUGUGUGUCUUCAAACAACUCCCACAAGAUGCAUAUGUUACUUUCUGUAUUGGGCUGGUGUUUACUCAUAUGGCAUGCCAGAAGUUUGCAACCAAGAGACAUUCUCUUGUAGUCCAGGGUUGUGCUUUCCUAAAUCAAUACCAUGAACUACGAGGAGAAUGUCAAGAGGUUUACUACAACUUAGGCCGUACUAUGCAUCAAUUAGGUCUUCUAACUACUGCAGUGUUUUACUACAAGAAAGCUUUAGAGUUUGGACCUCCAUCGGUAGAUACUGGUGAUACGGAGUUUUUUGACCUCAGUCCUGACAUUGCAUACAACUUAUCAUUAAUUUACCAAGGUAGUGGUGCCCCAAAACUGGCUAUGAUGUACUUACAGAAGUACUGUGUCAUCUAAAAACUGGCCAUAGUAUACUUGCAGAAGUACUGUGUCAUCUAAAAACUGGCCAUAGUGUACUUGCAGAAGUACUGUGUCAUCUAAAAACUGGCUGUAGUAUACUUGCAGAAGUACUGUGUCAUCUAAAAUAUAGCAUGUGUGCGACAAGUUCAUGUUACAAACAUUUUAUGUAAGGCCAAUGUUAUUAAUAUUUUUGUCAACAUUCGUAAUUUAUAUUACAACAAAUAUUCUGUCAUAUUGUGCAAAAGAUAUAAUACUUUGUGAAGAGAUUAAACAUAAGGAUUUAUUCCAUUAAAAACAAUUCAAGCAAGACUGUUAAUUUAUUGAUCUAAGGUAUUGCCACUUAAUAUGUAAGAUCCCAGGUAUCAGCACUGAUUUGAUAACAUCAAGGUACCAUUAUUGUAAUGAGUAAAUCCAAGGUACCAUCACUAAUUUAACAACAAUCAAUAUAACAUCAUUUUGUUAAUAAGUUAUUAUUAGUCAUAAAAUUCUGUUGGAAAAAACCAAGGUAUUGUUAUAGUGGUUGUUAGCUACAAGGUUUCUACUGUGUUAAUACCUUCUGUAUUUCUAUAAUGUAUUCACUUUUCUUAAAUUUAUUUGUUUUAAAAAUCUUGUAUUUAAAAAAAUUAUAAAACUUUAUAUGAUCAUAAUCCUUUGCUAAAAUGAAUUUUCUUGUAAAAUAAACUCAAUAUCAAUUUCAA